GCCCCGGCGCCCGCCCGCAGCCCUGCCCCUGGACACCGGAUAGGGCCCCGCGCACCGAGCCCCGGGCCACGGCAUGGACCGCGGCGCGCUCGUCCUGGCCUCCGCCCUGCUGCUGGCCGCCUGCAGCGGUGGCCCCACAGGUCUUGCAGAGAAUGUCCACUGUGACUUGCAGCCUGUGGACCCCGACAGAGGCGAGGUGACGUACAUCACCAGCCAGGUGUCAGAGGGCUGCGUGGCUCAGGCUCCCAACGCCGCCCUGGAAGUCCAUGUCCUCUUCUUGAAGUUCCUAAACGCCGUGUCACAGCUGGAGCUGAUCCUCCAGGCCUCCAAGUCAAACAGCAUUCACCCCCGAGAGGUGCUUCUGGUCCUUGUCACAAACACCAGCGUCCUCCUGCAGCUCAAGGCCCCGGGAAUCCCACUCCAUCUGGCCUAUGACGCCAACCUGGUCAUCUUUCAAGAGCCCCCAGAAGUCAAUGUCACUGAGAUGCCACCAUUUACCUUCAACACCAAGAUCCUUGACUGGGCAGCGACCAAGGGCCACCUGGUCUCCGUGGCCUCCCUGGACGACCCCAGCAGCAUCCUCCUCCGCCUGGGCCAAGCAGCCCCGAGGUCACCGUACUGCCUGCCAAAAGCCCAGCAGGACAUGGGCCGCACGCUUGAAUGGCGGCCGCAGGGCCCCAUGACUGUCUGGGGCUGCCGCUUGGAAGGCGUGGCCGGUCAUAAGGAGGCGCACAUCCUGCGGGUCCAGUCGAAGCCAGAUGCUGAGCCCCGGACAGUGACCUUGAAGGUGGAACUGAGCUGCACGGCCGGGGACCCUGAUGCCGUGCUCAUCCUGCAGACUCCACCCAACGUGUUUUGGGUCAUCGAUGCCAACCACAAUGUGCAGGUCUGGGCCACUGGCGGAUACUCCUACAAGAUUUUCCCUGAGAAGCACUUUCUUGGCUCUGAGCUCCCAGAGACCACACAAGGCCUGCUGGGCAAGGCCCGCAUGCUCAACGCCAGCGUGGUGGCCUCCUUUGUGGAGCUCCCUCUAGCCAGCGACAUCUCCCUGCGGGCCAGCUGCGGAGGUGGGCUCCAGACCUCGCCUGCACCCAUCCCCACUACCCCGCCCGAGGAGAACUGCAGCCCGCACCUGCUCCUGUCCAUGGUCCAGCCCACUUGCGCCAAUGGUAUCAUGACGCUGGCCCUCAACAAAGCCCACGUGAAGGCUCUGCAGUGCCACAUCACCAGCCUGACCUUCUGGGACCCCACGUGCCGGGCCGAGGACGGUGGUGAGCAGCUUGUCCUGCGCAGCAACUACUCGAGCUGUGGCAUGAAAAUGACACCACACGUGGUCAGCAAUGGGGUGGUCAUCAGUAUCCUGUCGGACUCCUCGCCACUGAGGCAAGACAUUAACUGCUUCCAUACGGACGGCCUCACCUUCCAGCUGGGCCUCUACCUCAGCUCAAGCUUCCUACAGGCCUCCAGCACCAUGGAGCUGGGGCAGCAGGGCUUUGUGCAGGUGACUGUGACCCCAUCCAUUCCUGACAUCACAUUCCUGCUAGAAAGCUGUCACCUGGACUUGGGGCCUGAGGUGGACACUGUGGAACUCAUCCAGGCCCAGGCAGCCAAGAGCAGCUGUGUGAGCCUGCUGCCCCCCGGCCCUGAUGGUGCCCCACGCUUCAGCUUCCUCCUCCGUGUCUACAGGGGGCCCAUGCCCACAGCCGGCACCCUCAACUGCACUGUGACCCUGACAGCCAAGAACUUGCCCCAGGAAGUGAAAAGGACCGUUUCCAUGCGCGUGAACAUUGUCAGCUCUGACCUGUCUGGUAAAGGCCUCGUCCUGCCCGCUGUGCUGGGCAUCACCUUCGGCGCCUUCCUCAUCGGGGCCCUGCUCACCGCUGCCCUGUGGUUCAUCUACUCACACACGCGUCCCCCCAGCAAACGGGAACCCGUGGUGGCGGUGGCUGCCCCGGCCUCCUCCGAGAGCAGCAGCACCAACCACAGCAUUGGGAGCACCCAGAGCACCCCCUGCUCCACCAGCAGCAUGGCAUAGCACCUGGGCCAGAGCCUCCAGGGCCCCAGCCAGCCCUCACCGGGCAGGAGAUGCUGUGCAGUGUCAGCUGGGACCCACUGGCCAGGAGCUUGCCCCAGGACCCCAGUGCCUCGAUACCACCCCAGAUGGAACACACCCUGCGCACCCACCCCUCCUGCCUGCCUCUGAGAGGCCAGCUGCCAACAGGGGCACCAGCCUGGAACAACUUGGGGGUCCCCCACCCCACUGCACAGAAUCUCUAAACCCAGGGCUUCUAGGACCCAGCUGCCCAGGACCACACAGAGACCCCACUGCCCUGUGCGUUCACCUAGCUGUGGACCCUCGAGGCCCUGCCCUUUGAACCCAGACCCGGUGCUGAGGAGCCAUACCAGCUGGGAGAUGUGAACUCCAGUAGGACUCAGCUGCUGUCACCAUCUGGGAAGACAAAGGCCCAGCCCAGAGCCAGCUGGACCUGAUCCCUGCAAUCUCCAUUGGCAUGACUUUGAUGGAGAAAUGGGUGCCCAGCCUGGGAGCCCCGAGGGCGAUGUGGAGACCCCUUUCUGGCCAGCUGGAGGAGAGCGGCCAGGCCUCCUCGUCCUGGGCCCACCCCUUUAUAUGCAUCGUCAAUAAAUCAGACAUGAAACCAGG